CCAGGACCAGCCCAACCUCCAGCUCCCCGCCUGUCCUGUCGCCUUUUGCAGCUCGGCUCCGCUCGGAUUGCUGGGCUAUGUCUUGUAUGACUAAGACCUCUUACCAAGAUUACCUUUGCUUUGACACUUGAGGAUAGUCAGACCAUAAAAACACUGCUGAGGAAUGCUAACACAGCAAUGAAACAGCCCAACAGGAAAAGGAAGUUCAGUAUGGAUUCCAAGGACCAUCAGAAUCAGGACCGGUGCUUGGAGCAAAGCCGAGAAGAAGAAAAGCCCAGGGAUGGUGCAGCUCCUUUGAGUCACGUCCCUUCAGCGACUGCACAGGACACAUGGUCUUGGGAGCAGUACUUGAAAGAACAGAAUGCCAUAGCAGCACCCAUUGAACUGUUUUCUCAGGACCAGUCCUUUCCAGAGUAUGAAAAUGGUUUUCAGAUUGGAAUGAGAUUAGAAGGCAUUGACCCCCGACACCCAGCUGUAUUUUGUGUGCUUUCUGUAGCUGAGGUGUGUGGUUACCGUCUAAGGCUUCAUUUUGAUGGUUAUUUAAGCUGCUAUGAUUUUUGGACCAAUGCUGGUUCCCCUGACCUUCAUCCCAUAGGCUGGUGUGAAAAGACCAAACAUGAAUUGCAUAUCCCUAAGGGUUAUAGAAAAGAUAAAUUUGUUUGGAUGAAUUAUUUGAAGGCCUACAAAUUGCAAAAUGCUCCCAAGAAAUUAUUCAGGAACAGAAGUUCUAAUGGGCCGGUGCCUAAAGAAUUUCAGGUUGGAAUGAAGCUGGAGGCCAUCGACAGGAAGAACCCUUCACUGGUGUGUGUGGCAACCAUAGCAGAUAUUGUUGAAGAUCGCUUACUAGUGCAUUUUGACAAUUGGGAUGAUAGUUACGAUUACUGGUGUGGUAUAAAUAGUCCUCAUAUCCAGCCAGUUGGAUGGUGUCAGAAGAAUGGAAGAACUCUGAUAACUCCCCAAGGUUAUCCUGAUCCAGAACAUUUUUCCUGGACAGAAUAUCUAGAUUCUACUCAAACUAGUGCUGUCCCUGCCAAAGUAUUUAAAAUGAGGUUGCCUCAUGGUUUUCUGCCGAAUAUGAAACUUGAAGUUGUGGAUAAACGAAACCCCAGGUUAAUUCGUGUUGCUACCAUUGUAGAUGUUGAUGACCAAAGAAUAAAGGUUCAUUUUGAUGGCUGGGACCACAAAUAUGACUACUGGACAGACGCGGACAGCCCUGACAUUCACCCGAUUGGAUGGUGCGAUGUAACAGGGCAUCCUCUGGAAGCUCCAUGUCGAGCAAAUGAUGUGAAAACCAUGCCAGGUCAAGCUGUUUGUCCUACUCCAGGGUGCCGAGGAAUAGGCCAUAUCCGUGGUCCAAGGUAUUCAGGACAUCACAGUGCUUUUGGCUGCCCGUAUUCUGACAUGAACUUGAAAAAGGAGGCAAUGCUCCAUGAUCAUCUGAGAGAACAAACACAGGAAUAUUUGGAAUCAGACUCUUCACGUUUAAAAUUGAAAAGUCUCUGUAGUUUGAACUUCAUUGGAAAACAUGAACAGGCAAAGAGUCAGCCCAGACUUGUACAGCAGACAAAGUGUUUGAAAAUCAAACAAAAAGAAGAUUUUGACUGGGGUGAACUCUUCAGAGGGCAAGGUCACUCUUCUGAUGAACCACUUAAAAAUGGAAAGAAGACUGCACGAAAGAGAGGAGUGAUCACUGCGUGCCAGGCUCCAGCAGGCGCUGUCUCUGAUGGUGCCCAUGUUAGAAACUGGCCUCAGCUCCGCCUGCCUGGAUGGUUGUAUUUCUCCCAGCUGGACUAUUACGCGGCUGAGCAGACACAGCGGGCACUGCACGAGUCGGUCUUCAUGGCAUCCUUGUCCACCCACCCUUCCCGGGACCUCCCGCUCGGCAGGGAGCAGCACUGCAAGCUGCUGCCAGGCGUGGCUGACAUCCAGGCAGACGAGGUGGCCCGAUGGACAGUGGACGAGGUGGCUGAGUUUGUACAGUCUCUGCUGGGCUGUGAAGAGCAUGCCAAUUGCUUCAAGAAAGAGCAGAUUGACGGCAAAGCCUUCCUGCUUCUGACGCAGACGGACAUCGUCAAGGUGAUGAAGAUCAAACUGGGCCCAGCACUGAAGAUUUACAAUUCUAUCCUCAUGUUCAGGAAUUCUCAGGACCUCACUGAACAGGAUACUGUCUCGGGCUAAGAAGUCAGGGGCCAAAUGCCCCACCUGAGCUGCUGCCUCACUGGGACCUGGUUCUUGCAGCAAUAAAGUUGGCCCGCACUGAUUUGAUUUCAGUGCCCCCGUGGUCAUACCAUAUUUAAUCUGGACCUUUUAAAUGGCUGUGGCUAUAUGUUUAGAGGAUUUUGAUGGCUGCUUCAGGGCCAACAGCACCGAAGCCCAGGCACGUGUACAGUUUGUGGACAACCUUACCUUCAGUGGGGCCCUUUCAGCUCUGAUGUGGGGCCACAAACAGACCAAAGAAGCCGACACAUACACCUUUAUUCUUCUCCCUUGCCAUAAAAGACGCCAUUUCCCAAUGGAAAUGGCAUACAACUCUCAAGUGGUAAAAUAGUAAAAAAAGCAGAACUCAUAAAUACCCGUUAAUGUUUUCACCAGAACAACGGGGCCUGGCUCAGACCUGCCCUCCGCAUGCAGUGAGUCUAAGAGUCAGGGGCCUGGUGCUUUAAAAAGAUUUCAUGAGAUUUUUGUGUACUUCACUCAGGAAAGUGUGAAUCUUUAAAAAAAUAAUAAUAAGCACAUAUUUUCAUGCUUCAAUAGUUCCUUUUGUUCCAUUAAUCAUUUCUUGGUUGUGCGCCCAAGGCCUCCUAGCAAGUGCCUGGCUGCUGCCUGAGAAGAGCCUGGGCAGUCAGUGGAAGGUGGGGAGACACUCCUGAGGACCCGCCCCCGGCAGUGCCCUGCAGGCUGUGUGUGGGACCAGCCACAGGGACACCUCGUCCUGACCUUUGGCUAGGGGGCCAGAUGCCCACCAGCACCAGAGUCCUCCCCCAGUGCCACCCUGAGGCAGCCUCGGGAACUGGUGUGCCUGGCAGUGGUCUGAGUGUGAUAAGGAGCUAGGGUGCAGCUGGGCCGUGUGCACAUCUUUACAGGGACAGGGCACUAAAAGGGACGAUCUCUAAUGUAGGCAGCUUGCAAUCUAUUAUAUUUUUGAACAAUUCUAAUUUGUUAUCAGACCUUGUUGUAUGUAAGUGACUGUAUCUGGGACUUAAGUGACAUGGAGUCAGCCCCACAGAUUUAAAGACAAACUCUUUUUUGCUGACGCACACCUACAGUGCGGGCUACAAAUGCCCCCAUGGAAGUGGGGCUCCGGUGUUGUGUUUAGUGGGGAGAGGAAAGAAAUGGGAAGAAGGAACUCGGGCCUGACCAUGCCCAUUUUGUUUCAGUAAGAAACUAAUGCUUGGAGAGUUCCUCAGACUUCAGGUCACUGGGAAAAAGAAUCUUGUCUAAGAGGUGUUGCAGACAUUACAUUUCUUUGGAUCCUUACUCAAAUGGAAUUUUAAUAUAUUACUGGUUGAUGUAAAUUUUUCUUUCUGUGGAGCUUUCUUUGUUUUG